AUGGCCACCCCAAUACCAUGCCUUGCUCAAUUGAGCAGGAUGUGUCUGCCAGUUGGAAGGCAGAGCAUAUCUCGAACACCUGUGAGACUUCUGGCUCCAACAAUUCAAGUUCGAUAUAAAUCUCGAGGUGCAAAUGCUCCCCCAAUCCAAUCGAAGGCCGCAAAAGCCCUCAAGGCCGCGAGUUCAAACCCACAGAAGAACAAGAAGAAGGACUCGGAGAAGAAGAAGAAGCGGAAGCCAAGAACUACGUACCGACAAUAUGACAUGAAGGAUGCGGAACAGUUCGCAUUAUGCGAUGCGAUCCGAUACAUCCGAGCUAUCGAAGUGGGACGAAACCCAACGUCAGUCAAAUAUGAGAUGGCUCUCAAGCUUAAAUCCCUGAAAAAUGGUCCCGUCAUCCGCAAUCGACUACGACUUCCUCAUCCAGUCAAGACAGAUCUUAGGAUAUGUGUUAUUUGCCCACCUGAUUCAAAGCAUGCAGAAGCGGCGAAAGCAGCCGGAGCAACCUUGGUGGGAGAGGAUGAAAUAUUUGAGGCUGUAAAGGAUGGGCGUAUUGAGUUCGAUCGGUGCAUCUGCCAGACGGACUCUCUUGCGAAGAUGAAUAAGGCUGGGCUGGGGAGGAUCCUGGGACCUCGAGGCCUGAUGCCUAGCAGCAAGAUGGGCACGGUUGUCAAGGACCCGGCUCUUGUGAUAAAGGAUCUAGUAGGAGGUGCGGAGUAUAAGGAGCGCUUAGGCGUGAUCAGGAUGGCCGUUGGUCAGUUGGCGUUCACACCAGAGCAGAUCGCACUGAAUAUCAAGACUUUCCUCGACGCUGUGAAGAAGGAUAUGGCUCAAUUAAGCGACAGGAUAAACAAGGAGUUGGCGGAGGUAGUGUUGAGUUCUACGAACGCACCCGGUUUUCCUCUGAAUGGGGAAUUCAGAGAUCUCAAAUCGGACGUCCAGCCUCGGGACCUAUCUACUUCAUAG